CGUAUACCUUCGUUGGCUGAUGUGGCUCGACCUUCACCUAUAUAUAUAAAGGUCACAAACACCUCUUGCUGAUGUAGAAUUCCCUUCUCUACUGCCACCAGCUAAUCUAGUCACUCUUUUCCCCAAUACCGGGUUGUCGCUCUUUGAAAUCAGUCUUUACAAGUUAUUUUUUGGUACCUUUUCCACAAGUAUUACCAAUCUCUAAUUUUAUACCCAACCGCCAAAAUGCAGGUUUCCAUUUUCACCGUCCUUGCGACCGCCGCCAGCCUCGCUGCAGCCCUUCCCGCCAACAUGAAUACCCCUACCUGCGGCCCUACCUGCGGUCUGCCUGGCAACUUCCACAAGACCAAAGUUAAGGCUGGCCAGACCCUGACCACCAUCGCUGAGCGCUUCCAUUCCGGCAUCUGCGACAUCGCCUGGCUGAACAAGCUCGAGGACCCUAACGUCAUUUUCCCCGGCCAGUUGCUCUUGGUCCCUGUUGACGUCUGCAAGCCCGACAACACCUCUUGCAUGAAGCCCGUCGGCGAGGCUACUUGCGUCAAGGACGGCGCAGCCACCUACGUGAUCGCCAAAGGUGACACCUUCUACGUGGUGGCCCAGAGGCUCGGAAUCACCACUGACUCCCUCACUGGCGCCAACCCCGGCGUUGUCCCUGAGAACCUUCAGGUCGGCCAGGUCAUCAACGUUCCCGUGUGCAAAUAA